AUGAAAACCCCUCCUCUUACCCCGACAAAAACAUCGAGGACACAUCACGAUCCUCUCGCUCCGCUUUUCCCGAACCGAGUCAUCGCGCACUUCGAUUUGGAUUGUUUCUACUGCCAAGUGGAACGAAGUUUGGACGAUUCCUUGAAGGAAAUGCCGACGGGGGUGUGCCAGUACGACCCGUUCGAACGCGACGGCGUUUCCACGCGAGAUGCGAUGGGAGAUAGGAAAACGCAUCUCACGAGGCCAGGGGCGAACAACUCGCUCAUAGCGGUGAGCUACGAAGCGAGGAAAAAAGGGGUGAAAAGGAACAUGAAGAUUGGAGAGGCGAGGAGGUGUUGUCCGGAAAUGAUUUUCGUGCAAGUGCCGACGAAACAUUCAAAGGCGGAUUUGAAAAUCUAUCGCGACGCCGGGGCGAAAGUCGCCGCGGAGUUGGCCAAGCACGGGACAAUCGAGCGGGCGUCCAUCGAUGAGGCGUAUUUAGACGUGACGAAAGAAGCGAACGCGGUGUUGGAGAAGUGCGAGAGGAACGAGAUGGAUUUCUAUCGGGACGUGUUGAUGAGCGAGAGAGUGAGUCGAAGUCACGUGGCUGGGGCGUUAGAGUGGGAAGCGAGAGAACGAAGGAGGAAAGAGAAGAAGAGGAUGAGAGCGUCGUUAUCGGAUGGGAGUAGUGGACAACAGGAGGUUGUGGUGACGUACGCGUCGCACAGAGAUUUGCGAAGAGGCGCCGUGGAUGAGAUUGAUGCGAGUAAUAAAACUAGUAUCAACAACAACAACACGGACAAAGAAGAUAAAGAAAAUGAAGAACACGUAGAAAGGAAAGCGGGAGACCCGCCUCCGCAAGACGAAGCGUCGAAAUCUUGGCUCAAUCGUCCGUUAUCGGAAUGGUCCCACAGGGAAAAGUUAAAAAUAGCCGGCGCGUACGUGUGCAACGUCGCCAGAGAGGACUGUUUCGUCAAUCUCGGAUACACCUUAUCCUGCGGCGUCUCGUCGAACAAAAUGUUAGCGAAACUAACCAGCGGCAUGAAUAAACCAAAUUGUUGCACGAUUUUGGAAGAAUCGUUCACGCCUUCUCUGUUGGAACACUUACCCAUCGAUCGCAUUCGUGGUCUCGGCGGUAAUUUGGGCGAAGAGCUUUCGGAAGUUUUAGGCGUCACCACCAUCGGCGGUUUAGCCAAAGCCGAUCGAAAGAGUUUGUUGAUGGCGUUAGGGAGAGACGAGAAAAAAACGUUGUGGGUCCAAAGAGCCGCGAGAGGCGUGGACGACGACCCGGUCAAAGAGCGGUCGGCGCCGAAAUCAAUCGCGACGAGCAAGACGUUUCGAGGCGCGAUGUGUUUAGAGACGACGGACCAAGUCUUGAAAUGGAUCGGGGAGUUAGCGGAAGAACUUUCCGAGAGAACCGAAUUAGAUGGACAAGAUUGGAGAAGGCACCCGAAAACGUUAACGUUAGGUAUUCGCUCCAACUUAACCGCGCACUCCGCGCACCGGUCGCACCCGCUUUCCGGAUCCGGCAACGACUGUCAGGCGGAUAAUCUGAAAACGCUCGGCGGGACAAUUUUUAAAAAAUUUCUCGCCGAGUGGGGCAUUAUGAAUAAUCGAGGGUUCCAAUGCACGGUGUUGAGCUUAACGACGAGUAACUUCAAGCUGGAAGUGGAGAAGAGCGACGUCGGUCAAGGUUUGGGGAAGUUCUUGAAGCGAGGCGUGGACGUUUUCGAUUUAUUCGAUGGAGGAGAAGAGAAAUUAAUAAUGAAAUCGGCGAAAUCGUCUCCGCGAAAGAAAGGAGAAGAAGAAGAAAACGAAGAACAAACGCGUUUUACCACGUUGUCGCCGCCAGCAGCGAACAAAGCGAGGACGACGACGACGAUGCCAUCCUCGUCAUUGCACGAUGUGAGUGGUGAGGAUGCACCACUAUUAACGAAGAAGAAUACGAAGAAGAAAAAGAAUAACGUCGUCGUCGUUCCAAUCGCGCCUCCUCCUCCUCCCGAAGGAGGCGAGAAGAAAAAUAUUCGACCGAGAGAAACGUUGGAAGAAAAGCGGAAGCGCGAGGCGUUGUACAACGCGCAACUCGAAUCCGGCAUCGACGAGGAGACCUUUCGGAGUUUACCGCCGGAUAUUCAGCAAGAGUUGCGAAAGAAUAAGAAAACAAAGUUUGUCGAAACUGGUAAAGAUGUUGGGUUUAGCAAAGCGGCGACUAUACCUUCGAUAGCGUCCUUCUUCAAGAAGAAAUGA